CACUGAAUCAUCACAAUCAUCGAUUUAAAUUCCUCCAUUCCAAUAAUGCAAUCUACCAAACAAUCCACAGUUGAAUUGCGCUAAAAAUUCUUCGAGAUGGAUUCAACGCUAAAUAAAAAGCUUCUUGGUUUCCGGCAAAUUGCCCAGGAAAAGCUGCAAAACAUUUUGUACUCCAUCCCACUGGACAAGGAUCUCAUUAUCGAACCUGCACUUAUCAAGCCUCUCGAGAACGUCGUUGGAGCUUCCUGGUUGAGGAAGAAAGGAAUCGACAAGAUCUACAAAUUUGACCCGAAAAAUGCCCCUCCCAAGCGGAAGCAGUUCCUGUACUUUCUCACCAGCAACCUGUUGACAUUCAAGAGUGCCCUGGAUCAAAUCAGUAGCUAUCAGAGCCAAACUUCCAGCAGCAUGCUGGCAGCGGAAUCGGACCGCAGCAGCCGCCAGUAUCAUGUGGUGGUAUUUCCACAGGUGCUUGCAAGCUUUGAGCAACUGUUGGAAGAAGAAGGACUGUACGGUACGGUGGAUCUGUACAGUUUCCAGUGGGAUUUCAUAGCACUGGAUCAGGGAUUGCUAAGUUUGGAGAUACCGAACGUUUUUGCUGACGUUUACGUGCGAAAGGAUGGCUCGUUGCUGGGAUCAAUAGCUCAAAGCAUGAGAAUAUUUAACAUGGUCAUGGGAAGGCCCAACCUCGUAUUCAGCUUGGGCGAAAACGCCGAGAAAGUUCUGCAAAUGAUGCAUAAAAUCGAAACAGAUCGGAAGGUGAAAAGUGGCGAAGCGAAGGAUGUUCCAGACUUCAGUGCAGUGCUCAUAGUAGACAGGGAUAAAGACUAUCCAUCUUGUCUGUUGACUCCGGUAAUCUAUUCAGGCUUGCUGCUCGAAAUUCACAAAUACAAUUCCGGUUCGUUGACCAUUGAUUCGGCUGGGAAUAAAAUCCAGAAUGGAAAGCUCACCAUUUUUCAAGGCGAAUGUAAGGCUAAACCGAAGCAGGAAACUACUAGCCUCAGGAUGAACGGAGCACAGGACUUGAUCUAUCAAGAGAAUUGCUAUCGUCAUUUUUCCGAAGUAAUCGGUCUUUUGAGUUCCCAAGCGAAAGCUCUCGGUCUGGAAGGCAAGAUGUAUUCGAAAGACAUGAAGCUCUCGGAGAUGAAGGAUUACGUUACCAACAAGCUACCGAAGGUAGCCGCCCAGAAGAAAGAACUCUUCAAACACCUACGGCUCUGUGAAACUAUCAUGGAGGAAAUCGGUGCAAAUUUUGAAAAGCUUCAACUUAUCGAAGAGAGCAUCCUGACCAACACGAAUCGCAAACAGAUUAUGACCUACAUCGACGAAUUACUAGCGGCUGACGCCCACAAAUACAACGCACUACGACUAAUCUGCCUCUACCACGUGACAAUAGGCUUAACAAGUGAGGACAUGACCAAACUGAUGACCGCUUAUUUGAAUGCCUUCGGGUACCAGCAUCUCACCGUGUUCAACAAUCUUUUUCAAGCGAAGCUAUUCCCGGACACAACCAAUCUAACGAAAGCUAAAAUUCUCUCGCAAAUCUCGAUUCCCAUUCUCAAAACGCCAUUCCAAAUCGAAUCGAACAAACUGAAGCUGCUACCGACGGAUACGAAUGAAACCAACCAACCGCCGGUGUCCCCGAGCAGUCCAACGGGUCCUGCCGGGAGCGGAAAGAAGCAGUGCCCAAGCUACGUGUUCAACGGUAACUACAUCCCACUGAUUGCUCAGCUCGGUCACAUGAUUCUGAAUGCAACCAGCUUCGAGGAUUUGAACAACCGGUUCGGUCACCUCGAACGGUUGAAGUUAUCCGGAAGGAAUUUCGCCCCCAAAACGAUCCGGGAGCUCUCUAUAACUAGUGCCAAGGGUGAUGUAAACCAGCUGCUACCGUUGAAGGUGAAAACGAUGUUCGUGUUUGUGAUCGGAGGACUCAGCUACGCGGAGGUAGCUGCCUGUCAAAUGGUGGAGAAACUGACCGGCACUAAAAUUGUGCUCGCUUCGGAUUCCAUGCUGUCCGGGUGUGAUUUGCUGGAAAGCGUCGUUGGGUGCUAAGGGCGGGCUUCAGGUGAUAGGUAGGUGGUAUGGCUAAUGAAUCUGAAUUUUAU